CAUUCCAAACGCAGCGCGCUCUAGCAAAAGAUGCCCUAGUCGGGAAGACAGGGAGGAGGAUGGCGCAGUUAACCACUCCGGUUUCCCGCUCUUCGCAACCGCUGCUGAGACGAUCAAAGAAGUAUUUGGAAGAGCCGCUGCACAAGACGCUCUUCAAAGAGGGGAGUACGGAAGAGAUUGUUCGAAGGGAGCUGAAUCGCUUCCUCAAAGGCCCCAAAAAAGCCCAGAAAUGGGAGGUCGGAGUCUCUGUACGGAAGCUUCGGCAGCACAAGCGAUUUUCCACAGCAUUGAAGCUCUCGGAAACAAUGGCCCGAAGGGGCAUGAACCCGACGCCGAGUGACCAUGCAAUCCAUCUCGAUCUUGUUGCCAAAGCCAGGGGCAUCCCUGCCGCUGAAAAGUACUUCAUGGAACUCCCUGAGCCAGCGAAGAACCACCUACCUUACGGAGCGCUCCUCAACUGCUAUUGCAAGGAGCUAAUGACCGAAAAGGCAGAAGCCCUCAUGGAGAAGAUGAAGGAAUUGAGGUUCUCUUCAACCUCCAUGGCCUACAACAGCUUGAUGACCCUCUACACCAAAACCAACCAGCCUGAGAAGAUCCCGGCUGUCAUACAGGAAAUGAAGGCUGACAAUGUCAUGCCGGAUUGCUACACAUACAACGUCUGGAUGAGGGGCCUCGCUGCAGUCAACGACAUUGCCGGGGUGGAGCGAGUCAUCGAUGAAAUGAAGAGGGAUGGGCGGGUUGUGGGAGAUUGGACGACGUACAGUAAUCUAGCAUCAAUUUACGUCGAUGCAGGCAUGUUUGAGAAGGCAGAAGUGGCCCUUAAAGAGCUGGAGAAGAGGAAUGUCAGCCGCGAUCUCAUGGCAUACCAGUUUCUGAUAACGUUGUAUGGUCGGACAGGGAAUCUAGUUGAAGUUUAUAGAGUCUGGCGGUCUUUGAAGCUGGCGAUUCCGAAGAUGGCGAAUGUGAGCUAUUUGAAUAUGGUUCAGGUGUUGGUGAGUUUGAAUGAUUUACCAGGUGCGGAGAAAUGUUUCCGAGAAUGGGAAGCUAUGUGCUCAAAUUAUGACAUCCGGGUCGCAAAUGUUAUGAUCGGAACGUAUUUGAAAGCAGGCCAGCUAGAAGAGGCAGAACUGAUCAAGGAGGGUGCACAGAGGCAAGGAGCGAAGCCCAAUGUCAAAACGUGGGAGGUUUUCAUGGAUUAUCAUUUGAAGAAAGGGGAGGUGAAAUUGGCAGUAGAGUGCAUCUCUAAUGCAAUAUCGACAGGGAGAGGGGAUGGGGGGAAGUGGGCCCCACCAACCGAGGUUGUUCAGGCGGUGAUGGGCCAUUUUGAGCGAGGAAAGGACGUUGAUGGUGCCGAGGAGUUCCUUGCGAUUCUUAAUAAGGCUGAAUGCGACGUUGGGGUAGAGGCAUUUGAACCGUUGAUACGGACUUACGCAUCUGCUGGUAGAUCUAGUGCAUCAAUGCGCCACCGGUUGAAGAUGGAGAAUGUGGAGGUGAGUCAGGCAACUAAGAAGUUACUGGAUGUGGUGUGUUUGGAUUGACUUUUUUUCUCCUUUUCCAAAAUAAAAUGGGAAAACGUUUUUGUUCUAUUUUGGAUUUUGAAUCUGAUUACAAGCUGGAUUUGUAAGAUUUUGCAAUUGAGUAAAUUCCUUGCAAUUUUCAAGCUUC